AUGGCCUGGCGCGGCUACGACCCCGACAGGGACAUUCCCGACCUCUCGGGCAAGGUCAUCCUCGUCACCGGAGGAACCGGCGGCAUUGGCAAGCACACCGUCGUCGAGCUCGCCAAGCACGCGCCCGCGCACAUCUUCUUCACAGGCCGCAACCGGACCGCCGCCGACGCCGUCGUGGCCGAGUGCAGGCCGCUGCUCGACGGCCGCGUCACGUUCGUCGAGUGCGACCACGGCUCGCUCGCCAGCAUCCGGUCCGCCGCCGAGGCCUUCUUCGCCGCCUCCGGUCCCUCCCCGCGACUCGACGUUUUCGUCGCCAACGCUGGCAUCAUGGCCGUGCCCCUCGGCGCCACCGUCGACGGCUACAAAGCCCAGUUCGGCGUCAACCACUUAGGCAACGCUGCCCUGCUGCUGCGCCUGCUGCCCGUCAUGCUGCACACCGCGGCCGAGCCCGGUGCCGACGUGCGCUUCGUGACCCUCACCUCGCGCGCUCACUUCAUCCACCCGCACCGGGGCAUCGACUUUGACCGCCUCCGGGCCGCGCCGUCGGCCGACAGCAAUCCGCGGGCGACGUUUAUCCGGACGUGGAUGCGCUACGGGCAGUCCAAGCUGGCCAACAUCCUGACGGCCGCAGAGCUGCGCCGGCGACAUCCGCAAAUCACGAGCGUCGCCAUCCACCCGGGCAUUGUGCGCACCGGCCUCGUCACGAGAAUGGGGGCAUUGAGCAGGCUGGUCCUCCUCCUGGCGGGCCCGCGUGGCCUUGUGACGCCGCUCCAGGGCAGCUACAACACGCUCUGGGGGGCGACGGGCCCCGGCGUGCGCGACCAGGUCGCCGAGUCAAGUGCUCGACAAAUAGCUGCCCUCUUCUGGCCUGUCGGUGAACCCAAAAAGGGCGACGCCAAGUGCUGGGAUGGCGCGCUGGCCCAGAGGCUGUGGGACUGGACGGUCAAGGAGGUCGGCGUCGACGGGAGCGGCUGA